AUGACGUGGAACUUUCAGUUGGACACAGAAAUACUUUCUUUGUAUUUCAUUCCAGACGACGGUCGAGGCUUUGAUGGCGUCGAGAAGGAGAAGAAUGCAAACAACAGAAGUGUGAAUAUCAGCAUCGGAAGUGUGAUCAUCAGCGUCAGAAGUGUGACCAUCAGCGUCGGAGAUGAAACGGUCUUGAAGAGUCCGCUGACCACAGUCUUCCUCCCCAUCGUCUACAUCAUCGUAUUUGUCGUGGGUCUGCCUGCCAACGCUCUGGCCCUCUGGGUGUUUCUAUUCCGGACUAAGAAGAAGAAUCCGUCCUCCAUCUUCAUGGCCAACCUGGCGCUGUGUGACCUGCUCUUUGUCAUCUGGAUCCCUCUGAAGAUCACCUACCACUUAAACGGCAAUAACUGGAUCUACGGCGAGGGUCUGUGCAAGGUCCUGGUGGGGUUCUUCUACGCCAACAUGUACUGCUCCACCGCCUUCAUUGCCUGCAUCAGCAUUCAGCGCUACUGGGGUGUCAUCCAGCCAUUGUCCCGGCAACGAAAGGACAACACUGUGAGCGUGGCCGUCUCCGUGUUGAUCUGGCUGGCGGUCUGGGUCCUAACCACGCCCCUCUUCCUGUACGACCAGACGGUGAGGGUCAGCAACAUGGACAUCGUUACGUGCCAUGACGUCACCCUUCGUAACCAGAGGGAGUUGGCGGCCGGCUACUUCCUGACCAUGGGCAUCCUGGGAUUCGUAGUGCCGGCGGCGGUGUGCCUGGUGGCCUACGUGCUGAUGCUCAAGGCCCUGCGGAGCUCCAUGACGGACAAGGCCAUCGCCAAGAAACGACACAAGGCAGUGCUGCUGAUCAUCACCGUGCUGGUCAUGUUCCUGGUGUGCUUCAGUCCCAGUAACAUCAUGCUGCUGGUGCACUACGGCCUCCUGCUUGCCCAGAUAAGUAACACCAGCUACAACUUCUACAUCAUCACCCUGUGCCUGGCCAGCCUCAACAGCUGCAUCGACCCCUUCGUCUACUACUUUAUCUCGGAGGACUUCCGCGAACACGUACGAAACACACUCAUCUGCCGCAGCCAGCGCAAGGCAGAGCGCAUGCGUUUGUCCUUUAGUGCCUCGGUUCUCAAAGUGGGGUCCCCGGACCCCCGGGGGUCCGCGGCGCGUUGCCAGGGGGUCCGUGAAGAGCUUGUUGUUACAACAUAAACAUACCGGUAUUUAUGGAAAAAAUGUUGGGCCGGUCGUUAUUACUCCCGUUGGCGUAACGUUAAACCAAUGAACACUCGGCUUUUACAUUACGUCAAACUCCCUCAGGCUUUACCUUCACAUCUCGCACCUAAAUAACUAAAUAAAAGCCAAUUAAACAGGCGCAUUGUGUUCAGCCCACCCCCUGCUUUAAUUUUCGGCCAAUAGUAACUCUGAUAACAUUGCGUCAACCUGUCAACGCAUGCUCGAGUCUGCCCUGCGUUCACACCAAAAGAUGCAAAAAGAUGCCUCGCAGCACGAUCCCAUUCAAAGUGAAUGUAGAGACGCGUUGCAGGUUUGCUGCCGGACCACUUGCUGCCGAGAAAACCGGCAGCAAAAUUUGAUUUGCGGUGCGGCAAGAUUUGAUUUGCAGCGCAGC